GUCGCAGACACCGAGUGGGACGUCACCCAACGCGCCACCAAACUCCGCCGAGGAGCCAAGCCGCAGCAAACAAAGGUCUCGGGGGAGCCAAACCAAGCCGAAGCUAGCUCCAGAAACAAAUUCAAGGGCGGCCGCGCGUCGUAACGUUGCUAACCAGUAAGGCCGCAGCAGCAGGGCCACGACCCCGUCCGCCGCUAAAGCAUAACAAAAUAAACCGUACACGCGCCCAGGGGACCCUUAUAGACUCACUGAGAGCGCUGGGCAACGCAUCUCCGCUGACGCGGUCUGUAUUAAGACCUUAGCUGGCGCCGCCGACCGCAGAGCAAUUUGCACUUGGUGACUGUCGAAGCCGUAGGAGCUCGCCAUGGCCGACAGCACUCCAAACGCCACCGGCACCGCGCCGCCGCCCCAAGCGGCGCCGGAAGCGCCGCCAGCUCAGGACCCGACGAACCCGCCGCUCUCGGCCCUCGUGCUCGCGCAGCGCGACAUGCAGGGCCGCAUUCUGGGCGAUCUGAGGUUCAUGCUCCACCACUUCGUGCAGCUCCAGUCCGCACGGGAGCUAGGAGAAGAACCCGCGCCCGCGGCGCCGCCCGUCAACCGGGAAAGACUAGCGUCCUUCAUCGGCCACCUCGAGCAGCAGAUCGAGAAGUGCCUGCGCCCCGCCUCGAAGCAGUCUGAGCUGGAUGAACUCGAAAAACAUGUGACUACUACUCUACUACCAGUGAAAGCAAAACUAGAACAGCAACUCGGUAACGCCGCCGUCGCGAACCAGGCGCGCGAGGCGAAGCGUUUACAAGAACAGCGCGCGACCGAGAAGCUCGCGCUGGGCCGGACGCCGUCGCCCGAACACAAAGUCGAGAACAUCGACGCGACGGUCCGCGACGCGGCGCAGUAACUACACUUGAACUUGGCGUGGUCGCGUCGAUGGCGUCGACGUGGCCGUCGGAGAGUCUACGCGUCGCGCGAGAGAGCAGUUUCGUGACGGCGUCGUUUCAACUCAGGCGCGGCCCGCGAAAGCCCCGAAAGCGCCCAAACCCCCACCAAAGUCGCCGCCACGCGUCGCUCGAAGGCGCCCGGCGGCGGCUCGCGGCGCCAAAAGACCGGUGCCUCGACGGGGCAUGCCGCGCGAUUUGUCCGCGCCCGACCUCCUGAAUCUCGAGGACGCCGAGGGCGAGGCCUUUGGGUGCCUCGAAUAUCUGGAGGGCGACAGCGUUUUAGGGGAGCCGGACUCGAAGAGGCGGAAGCAGGUCUCGGCAUCUGUAGUGACGGACUCGUCGGCGUCGUCCGGCAAAGGGAGUUCCAGUGAGGAUGAUAUUAGAGGCCCCGUGGCGUCUCCAUCUAGGUCGAAGAACCGCGUCUCGAAUCGAGGGAGCAGAGCGGUCCUGGGCGAGCCCGCGCGCGAUCUCAGAUUUGAUCACUUUGAUGUCAGGACGGUCCAACAGCUCCCGGAAGUCGUCGAGUACUCCUGUUCUGCUUGUGCUCAUGCAUAUACAACAACAUCACACUUGAAUCCGUGGUGGUCGCUCGCGCGCCACGCGUGCCCGCGCUGCGGCCAGGUCCAGUUCCCGUGGAUCGACAUCUCGUCCGCCGCGAACCGCAUCCGCCACCCGCCGCCGGCCGCUUUAGAUAGAGCGCACGCGGCGGCGCGCGCGGCGGCGGCGGCGGCGGCCGCCGCCGCGCGGCCGCCCCCCGCCCUACCAAAGGGCGCGGCGCCCGCGAGCAAGGACGGGCCGCUCCUCGCCGGCGAGACGGCCGACACGGCGACCGCGGCCGGUUUGUGUUCCGCGACGCAGGGCGCGCAGCUCCUGGACCUCUUCGCGCACGCGCGGCGCUGCCCCGGCCACCACCGGGACCCGCGACACGCGGCCGUCUGCGCGAACGCGAAGUUCGUCAUGCUGCACGCGCGCGACUGUACGAGUGGGAGUUGCCCCGUGCCCUGGUGCGGCGCCGUGCGGAAGCUCCUGCGCCACAUGGUGCGCUGCCCGAAUGGUCAAACGUGCAACGUCUGCGCGGCCGAGUGCCGGCGGACGGACGCCGAGCCGCCGCGGACUGACUACUGGCAGGCUUUGCGUCAAGCCGGCGCCGACGACGAAGCGAUGCGAAUAGUCGGCUAG